CGAUCAUGCGCGAGACUGAUAGGCUCUGGGUUCGAACCUCGCGGGCUGGGAUCGUACAUGCGCACUGCUGAGGAGUCCCACAGCAGGACGAAACGGCCGUCAAGUGCUCCCAGGUUUUCCAUGGUGAUCUAGCUUCGAUUGACUCAUGAUCUCAACUAUUAAGGAACACACAAGAUUAUUCAAUUUGAGUAUGGAUAAGCACUGUAUUCAUCAGUUGUUCCAAUGAUCGUAUUCAGGUUUGUAUUGAAUAGUUGUUGCAUCAAGUGAUGAUGAGUACUUGAAGAACACACAUUAAGUAUUCAGUCAACGUGAAAUGAGAGAUGAAAGCGUAAUUUGGUGAUAGUGGAACACGAUAGUUAACUUCAAUCAACAUACACAAAUAUGUUAAUGAUAUAGAAAUACCUUGACAGUUUACUAACUCAGAAUAAAAUAUCUGUGAAUAUUUCUCGUCUACAACACAUUAUUGAUGAAUCCAAUUUAUUUAGUUCCAUCAUUAGUCUAUUGUUAAAAUAAGCCACAAAGUGAAAAAACAAACAAUCAGUCAAGGUCACAUACUUCAAGUGAAAUAUUCAUAUCAUUGAUCAAUAUAAUUGUACUAAAUCAAUGAAAAUUCUGCAUUUGUAAAAUGACUGAAUUGUGAGAGACAUAGAAAUCCGAUUCAACUGCUACGAUUCACAAUUGACAACUCGUUCGAAAAUAUCAUCACGUGAAGUUCAUUUAAAUAUUCGGGGUUAGAACAAUCUUGUGAACAAUAAUUGUGGAGAUCAUUAAUUACUCACUUGUAAUAACAUUAGUGAAGAUGCAUUUUACCUAUACGCUGUGGUUUGAACGAAGAAUACACCAAGGUAAUAUCUGAAUGUAAUUUAAUGUGAAAACGAAUCGAGUGAUAUAAGUGAAUCAGUUCAACGACGAACUCUUAUCGAGUAGUUGAGAUGCAUAACAGAGAAUAUUCGAUUCAGAGCAUGAUCGAGAGCACCCAAUCAGUAUUAUGAGCUAGAAGGUUGCACGAUAUCAAUUUCUACUCACUGGGUGAUUUGAGUAUAUAAAUAGCCAAUUGUUGACUGAACAACGUAGGUUCGACAAUUCUGACGGUGAAGUCACGCGACCGGGAUUGGAAGUUGUAAGUAAAUGCGACACUCAACCAUUUAACGGGUCAGUCAUGCACAUGAACGACAGUAAACACGAAUGUCUUUAAUCAUGAAGUCAAAUACAUGAUAACGUUUGUUGAGCUGUUUGUUUUGUUGAUCAAGCGACACCUAAAUUUACAAGACUCAUUUGCAACUGUGAAAUUUCUAGUCCCGAUAUUGAUCACUCAUCAAUACCGAAUUGCUGUGCAAGAAACUAUUCUAUCAUUACUGUUUAUUUUCUCGACAGUAUUCAAAAACCGGAUCAAAUACAAACAACAACCAUUCUUCUUGUAUCCUCUUCAGUGACUAGAUUACAAAAUUCACCACACAAAAUCAUCGCACGCAAAUACCAGUGCUAUUCAUUCAGUUUUGAAAUCAAUCCAUGUCAUCACACACAUGUUUGUCUACAUCAAACAACCACUACUCAUUGAACGUAACCACUUUCUCUCCAAAUAGCAUGAAACCUAGACCAACUAGGCGUUUUAUCGACUGUCACCAACCACCACUGUGAAGAAGAGACUUUCAAAAUUAUUCGGGAAUAGUCACAAACUCUAAUUUCUACUCAUUCAAUUAUCACAAAUCUAUCAUUAGUUUACCAAUAACAAUCUCCAAUGCACAAUUUACUUUAAAUUGUCGAGUGGAAGAAAAUUCGAUAACUACACUCAUAUCUUGUACACAAUAUUCAAUGGCACAGACCAAAAAUAGUUGAUAUCCUCCGUUUCAAAAUCAACUCCUCAUCGAUUCACUCAAAUUUAUCAAAAUACAUUCGACACAUGAACGCUUGCAUGAAUUCACCUAUUUAACAGCAUUUCGUUUCAAAAUGAAAUUAUUCAUCUCCAUGUACACACAAACAUCACACUUGUUACAUGCAUACAAUCUCUGAUUACGUAGAUGGCCAAUUCAACUAAAUUCAAUCUGCUCUUACACUGUCACUUUCGAUUGAUAAACACCACCGCCUAACAUUCUACACGAGACCAAUAACCAAUGUUUGCUAAACAUAUUGAUCACGAAAAUCACUGGUCGACAAGCUUUACAAAUAACUAAAACACACAAUAACCACAAUUCAACAAUAAUAAUAACAAUAACAGCAACAGAAAAGUAAAUUACCUUGAAUUCUCAUCAUCACACUCUGAUUGGUUUAUCUGUACUAGGUCACACUUUGAAUGUGGCUGUAUUGACAGAAUCUGUCUGAGAUGGAUGAUACAUAUAAGUUCAUUGAUUGGUCGUCCACUAUGUCCAAUGUAAUUGUGUAUAACAGAAGAAUAAAAUAGGUCAAGUUGUUUUCUGUCAACAAAUCAUCGGACGUGUGUGGACAUACUUGGUCGUUCUCUCAUUCACUAAACUACUUCUAUUCAUGUACGUUGUCUACAUUUUCCUCUCUAUGUUUAUUAAUGUCAUGGUAAUUUGCGAGUCAAUGUGUAAGUGACAUGUUUAAACACUUCGUAGUGAGUGAUUUUAUAGGACAAGUGUUGAGGUCUCAAAGUGAGAUAUCGGUUCAAUUGGAAUGCAUCGAUAACGGAUAUUUGUAAUUGUAAUAGAUUGCUCAUUUCAUUCAGCACAUAACUGCACACUGUAUUUGUCUGUUUGUGGAAUUUAUUCAACUCGUAAUGAGACUGGGAAAUUCGUGUUGACUUGGUUAGAAUAAUGCCAGUUGAUUCUCAUUCUUCAGUGGUUUGUUUUCAGUGAACACAUGACUACUCCAUUUUAUGUUCGACAAUCUCAUCUAUCUUGGGUAUCUGGUACUGCAGGAAAAGAUCAACCAACAAAUGGAGUCGAAGCAGAUUCUCGUAUUUAUGUUGCUCGAGGUGAAGUAAAUGGACAUGUAAUACCAGGAAAAUUGCCUCUUAGAAUAGGUGCAGCUUUUAUACCUUGUGAUGGAAAAGAACAUGGACUUUGUAAAUUUGAAAUUUUGUGUAACACAAACGUAUUUCCAAAUCAAUCAUUAUACAAUUGGAUUCCAGCAUCUGAUGGUAGAGUCCCAGCUGGUGCUUUAUUGGCUGGUUCAACCACUGAUGGUUUACCAUUAUAUGUUGCUCGUGCUUCCAUAAACAAUGAGAUGUGUGUGGGAAAAGUUAACUCUGAAUAUGAAUGUGCACUUAUGCCUUGGGGAAAUGUUGAACAUAAAGUAAAAGAAUAUGAUGUUCUUUGUUUGAUUGAAUAAACCGAGAUAAGACAGGUUUCUCAGCUUUCUGCUGCCAGGCAUCCCACUUUCAAUUGGUGUUACACAUUACUUAUAUCCGUCGACAUAAGUAGCACAAACUACAGUCCCUGUUUAUUAGUGAUGGAAUUAUUGUAUAUUCUGAGAGAUAUGCUUGUGAAGUGACUGAACUACUUUGGGACUAAACUCUGAGAAGAAAACCUGUUUGCUGAACUAUUAGCGAUUUAUUGAGCAAACUGAAAUAAAUGUAUCGCAGUACCAAUGUGAACAGAGAAAUAAAGAAGCCGUGACGAACAACGAAAGCUGUUUUUGGGAACAUUAUUUCACUUAAUUCAAAGUUAGUAAGAUACUAGCACUUUGUUUUGAUCCUGGUGAUUCUAUAAAGCAUAAACUUCCGUUUGAUGCAUACGCCGUUCUAUUCCAAAGUUAGUGUAAUUUGAACGUAACCUUUCGUAUUCGAUUUUUUCUACCCUAACGCUUAGCUUAAACACAUUUAAAAAAAACUUGUUUGAGCGUUGUUAUAGUGAUAGUCAUCUAUUUAUUCAUAUAUCUUUUUAUAUUUGGCUACAUCAAGAAUAAUUCGAGUAGUGUCCCAGUUGACUCGUCUUCUUUCCCGCCUGUUAACCAAUCAGAUGACAGAAUAGUUUUCGUCUGUCUGUCCAAGGUCGUUAGUCCCAAUUCGGACUCACGCAUUUCUAGCUUCAGGGUUAAACCAGUUAGCCUUUCGUGUCAAGGCCUUAACCUAGACCCAGACAAGUUCUAUCCUGUAUAUUAUUGGACAAAUAGAUCAAAGAUGUAACAAAUACAUAUCCUUUUCGUUCUGUGAAAUAGCAUUUUGAUAAGUGCCUUUUUGUAAAUAAUUUGACAGAAACAGUUAAAAUUCAGAUAAACACCAUUCCAUUUAUCCUUUCGAUAAACUGAACGUUAAGCUACACCAUUCUCCAGUUGUAAGGCAACGCCGAGAAGGUAGGAUUUAUCGUUCUUUUAAUGUGCUGAUAGUAAUCUGGAUAUUUUAUGUGCGUUGUUGGCAAGGUUCAGAAUCAAUUUUACUUGUAAAUCAUUACAUACAAUAAAAGUGUCUUCAACACACCUCUCAUAAUAAACCAUUAAUUCGAUCACUCCUCUAAGUUCAGUCUUCCUAAGGUUAGCUCUGAACAGAUUUAAGAUAGAACCAAGCGGACUUCCCAUUGCUAUAUGAUCAGUUUGAUGGUAUAUGAUGUCAAUUUGAAACUGAACAUCUUCUGUACACAUAAGUUUUUGAGUUUGAGUUCUGAUACUUGUAGGGGUUGGAAGUUCGAUUGCUCGCAAAUUAUGUCUAUGGUUUCAAGAAGCGAUAUUUUGUUAAAUAAAAAUGUUGCAUCAAAUGAAGUCAUCGACUUACCAGGAGGUUAAGCUUUGACGAACUAGUUCUAACUUUUCCACUAGCUAGCGAGAUGGCAUGAUGAAUUAACCAUUGAAAAAAUAGCCAUUAGCUGGACGGAACGUUUUUGAAUUUUUGGUGGGCCAUUCAUAUGCCUUAAUCGAGAUCCAAGAGGCCUUAGAUCAUUGUAAUGAAAUUUUUCAAUGAUUUUCUUCCUCAACAGCUCCCUGAAUAUGUUCAUAACUCGUUUUUUAUUGAGUCAGUUAAGUCUUUGUUGUAUUUGUCAACCGUAAAUUUCAGAUUGUCGUUUAGCAUAAACUUGACUUAAGUGAUGUAAUCGGAUACGUUCAUUAGUAUAACUCAUGAGCCUUUGUCCUGUCAUAAAAUCAUUAACACAUUAUUUAUAGGUUGUAAGCAACUGAUUAGAGUCUAACAAAAUAAAAUGAAUUCACGUUAUUCUGUUUAAUUUGUUGUUUUUGGACGUGCUGUUUUGUGACAUUUCCCAAGGAAAUUUUUAUGCUAUUUAUGUACGCUUGGGUUGUGUGCUUAUUGUUGUUUGUGCUUCUGGCUGCUUAUGGAAUACACUUUUUCUCAUCUUGAACCUGGACUUCUCACUCUAGUUAGCGGGGCUGAGACGCAUUGGAAUAGUUUAGCUUGUCUUUUCAUUGUGUUGCUGAUCCUUCGUUCCGUUCACCGAUCUUAGGUGAUUUCGUAAUUUCUUCAAACAUAGCAGAACCAUCCUUCACACAGCAAUUUCAGGAGGUUAAGUGUUAGAGCGUGGGACGAACAGGCCUAAGUUCGACCCCACGAUGGUAUAGUCGUGAAUGAGCACUACCGGGAAGUCUUAUGCUGUGACGAAAGAGCUAUCCAGUGACUCUUAUUUCUCAAUGAAAGUCUGACUCAGAUCGGUUUGUGAUAUCAAUAAUAUUCAAUAUUUUACGCAAAUCUUUAUACUGAAAAAUGUUUCACUUAAAAUUUGUCAUAGUUAACCAAACACGAAUGUUAACCUGAUGGCGGUGAAAAAUCGGCACAGUGCUAUCAUCUAAAUAUAUAUUCAUUAUGUUGCACAGAUAUACAAAUGUUCAAUUUCCCUGUCGAUGCUUUAAUGAUAAAAGUAGACUAUGCUUUGUGAUACAAAAUUUCCCGUAUUCAUAAUGGAUAAGAAAUGAAGAAGAUUGUAAUGAUCUAGUAAUCUAUUUCUACAUUUCAUAGUUAUACUUUGUGCUGAAGCACUUUAAAAAGCGGUCUAUCGAAUCUUCUAUAAAUCUAGUAUUUGUUGUUCUUGAAUUGUAAUGAUUGAUUUUUAAAUUACACACAAAUAGACGAAAAUGACCUCAAUUUAUGAUUGGUUAAUAGUUUAUAUUGUUUAAUAUUGGUUUGACUAAAUCACGUUGUGCCACCUACUACAUAUUGAGCUUAAUCACAAAUAAAUAAAUAUAUAUAUCUAUAUAUAAGCGCGAUGCCAUUGUAUAUAUUCACCAUUCAAACAUAACUCAUUGAGAGGUUAGUUUAUUGACUGGAUUAUUGAUUUUAAUGAAUUGACUUUUCUUACACAAAAUACCUUGUGCUUGUGAACCACAAAUGCAUACAGACUACUUUUCCAACACUGAAGGAUUUGUCGAGUUUGAAACUCAUCUUCAAUGUUUUGAUGAUCGUGAAUGUCAAACAUUUUGGUAAAUCAUCUAUUAUAAAAUGUAUUACGAUUAGAAUGACCUGUUAACUGGAAACUGUCAUUCGAAUACUUUUGGAUAAUUUAGCGAAAUUCCGUUUAUCUAAACACUGUAUUCAGUGAAGAGUGACCAUUAGAUUUUUCUCUUUUGAAUACAACCACAUAUUUCUUUUGUGAUAAAAAUUAUUGGUUAUCAGCUCAGAUCAUGUAUCACCUUACAAUAGAUCCAUAAGUAAUAUCAUGGGACAGUACUCACUCUUAAAAUUGACUUUAUUAGAUACAUUCAAACCUUUUAAUCAUAAAGUAGAUUUCCCUAGAUAACUGUUCAUACGCACGUUUAUCAAGGAUUAUGCUGUGGUAUUUAUUUAAAGACAGUUGCUACAGUCUUCUGCUUUUGCAUCCCUGAUGGACUGGUGUCUGACGAAAUCUCAGCACGGAUUUGAAAAGCUCGUUUGGCUUUUACCGACUUACGUCAUCUAUGGCGAAGGCGAGAUAUACGUCUAUCAAUAAAAGGACGAGUAUACUGCGCGGCAGUUCUCUCUGUUCUACUUUACGGCUGCGAAACGUGACCACUAAGAGUAGAAGAUACUCGUAAGUUACCAGUUUUUGAUCACAGAUGUCUUAGAAAUAUUGCCAGCAUCUGCUGGGACCACCGGGUAAGUAAUAGUGGGGUUAGACGCAGGAUAUUAGGGAAUGAUGGUAAAUCAGUUGAUGAGGUUGUGAACCCUCAUCGACCGAGUUGGUUGGGCCACGUGUUACGCAUGCAUGAAAACCGAUUACUACGACGGGCAAUGCUGACUAGUGUUGGGAAUGGUUGAAAGAAUGUUAGGAGCGGCCAAACCGAAACGUGGCAUCAGUGCUUGAAGUCGCUAACUUCUAGUCUUAGCCAUAUUGGUAGAUGCAGACUACUCGGUUGGGGUCCGCGUGUCUAUCGUAACCAAUGUUUGGAGACUCCGUGUGACAUGGCUCAGAGUCGAUCACAAUGACGUAGAUGUAUACACUUUCUGUCUUCCCUUAAACUAUGAAAUUAAAAUUAUUUCAUAUCUUUCUUUCUGUACUGUAUCCUUACAUAAAAUCUUUUCUUUAUAUACUUCACCUUUGAGUUAACUGCUUCUAUGAAUCCGGUGUUCUUCCUGCUGUGCUAAUGUGGUUUGGCAACUUGGACUGAUGCAUGUAUGUGCCUGGUCCUACGUUGUAGCUGACUGACUGACUGUAUAAUAUGAUUUGUAAUAGGUUUCCGGACUGAUGAUAACAAACUAGAGUUAUCGGAAAGUACGAUACUAUUACGGAACAUAAUGCGGAAAAUUAGGACGUAUUUUGACGCCAAUUACACCGAUUAAAGUCUAGCUAAAGAAACACUGGGUCCUUCAGAUUUAUGAAAUACAAAAAAAUGAACAAGCUGAUUGUUGGAAAACAGCACAUAAUUGUAUCAAGCUGGAGUACUAGGACUGAACAAAAAUAGACAAAAAUGUUGAUCAGUCAUUCAGAGUACAUAUUGAUUUCAGCAGAAACUCACAGAAGUAAAACUUGACAACAAAAAGAAUGGCAAGAGUUAUGCUGUAGGAAGAAGAAAAAUAGAUUUAACUAAAAUGUCGAAAUAAGAGUAUUCAUAAAUGAUGUAACCUCACAUAGAAAACUUGUGAAGUUCGUGAAGCUGUUUCUCAAUAAGUAAGACUUCUCAACGUUUUGUAUUUACGAUUUUUCUGUUAGUCACCUAUUACUUAUUUCCUGUAAAUCCUGAAUGAUGUCUGGCUUUGUGAACUUAGUUAAGAUGAAAAACUUCAUUAAUAUUAUCAGUAACAGUAAAUUCAUUUGUGUAUUUAAAAAAUCAACCACAAAUAAUAAGAAAAUUAGUUCAAAAUUAAGUACCUCCUUAGUAAUAGUGGUAGGAACGUGAUAUAUAGCUGAUCGAAAGUCUCAACAAAUAAAUCUGGCUUAUAAAGAUUCAGUAAUCUAUUUCUCAAAAAAUUAUUUCAUUCUAUGCAUUUUAUUUACAUGCCAAAGAAUGUGGCAGCAGUCUGGACGACAAGCACAUCUAUCAUGGUUACCCGCCUACGCUAAACAAACCCCUCCACCACAUGCUGUUGAAGCUGAUGUUAAUAUCUACGUUAUUCGUGGUCGAGUUAAUGAUGAUGUGAUACCUGGAAAAUGGCCCAUAUAUCUUGGUAAAGGUUAUGUACCAUAUGGUGGAAAAGAAGUUGAAUUGGACAGUUUCGAAGUGUUGUGCAACACAAGUUUAAAGCCAACAGAACACUUUUAUGAAUGGGUUUCAUAUACUGGAGGCAAUGUACCAAACAAUGCAUUACAUGCUGGUGAAACUCAGUCAUCCGAACCUUUAUACAUAGCUCGUAGAUUAGUGAAUAAUGAGAUGUGUGUUGGUAAAGUCCAUCCAUCACAUGGUUGCGCAUAUUUUCCAUGGGGUGGCGAGGAACAUUCGGAGAAGAGUUAUGAAGUACUGUGUUAUCUAGAUUGAUGAUAUGAACAGAUAAAAAAUUAUUAUAUUUCUAUAAUUUGACAAACGUCAGAACGCGUAUGGAAAGACAGAAAUGGAUUAUACCAGUUACCUCAAAUUAUGAACUCAUUGAUGUCAUAUUUGAUGUAUCAUACAAUCACAAUCCAAAUAUAUUAUUUGUGUUUUACUUGUUACCGUUCUGAACAGUUUCAAAAUGCCUUCAUGGGUGAUAUCUUUUAAAAAUCAUUCUUCCGGAGGUACAGAAAGAGUUGCUGUCCACCAUUUGU